CUUUGGUUCAGUGAACCACCACCACCAACUUUAAUCUACAACACCAAUAAUAGGGCAUUUGAAUCAGUUAACAAUAGGGUACAUCUGUUUAUAAUCAAUUAACAGAUGAAUCAAUUCCAAUCUAAUUGAUAUAUAUUUCAAUCAUAUUUGCAGUCAUUAAUUCGAUAAUCAGUAACAAACCCUGGUUCAAUUCAGUCCCACGCAUAACAUCCAUGAUUCGAUUUGAAAUCUCAGGAGUUAAUGGAGCAUUACCAUGAUUCUCAUCUUCUGGAAAAGAUAUUGGAAUUUCUGAAUCUGUAGCUUCUUCAAUCACCUCUUAUUCUUCAAUCACCUCUUAUUCUUAUUGAUUUCAGGUUCAGUGAGUUGAGCAUUACCACUAAUUAAGAAAUUAAGAUGGUUGCUGCUAAUAAUCAAGACAAGAAUUUGAAUGGGUUGUUGAUUUUGAUGGUUUGUGAGAAGAAAUUGGUUUGAAUCUGAUUUUGUUACAAUCGAAAAGAAGGGAAAGAUGGAAAUGAAUAUUGGGUUUUGAUUGAUGUCGAGUUUAAUACAUGUUGAUGUUGAUACUGCCAUUGAAGAUGUGAAGAAGAGAUGGAGAUCUGAGAUUGAGAAAUCAGAGUGAAAAGCAAACCAAUAAAUUUAAUAUGUGUUUGCAGAUUUGAAAUUGUUGUAUUGUAUUAUCUGAUUGAUGUGGUUUUUGUUGUAAAUGAGUAUAUCAAUGAAUAAAAUUAUGAUAAUGAAUUCUCAGAUUCAUAUAGAUAUGGUGUUGAUAUUACAGGUAAAAAAUCCGGUACCGGACUUGUACCGGAAUACCGGUACAACACCAGGUACAAGUACAGGUAUCGGUCCUCAAAUUUCAGUACCGGUCAACACCAGGUACAGGGAACGGUUCCAUAGGAGAACCCGGCCGUACUGGAGUAUGUGCAACCCUACCCCACAUGCAUGUGCUCGAAGCUUUUUAACGAGAAAAGUGAAAACCUCCUGAAACUGCAUCAAAAGAUCAAAAAACCCUAAAUUACUUCCAUGAAAUCGGUUGAACUUGAAGAACAACAAGAAAAGCUCAGAACAAUAGUAGAUGACUGCAGAUUACAAAGCAGUAUCUUAUUAAACUUAGCAAAAGAUACAUAUAGAUCUCCAUCGACAUUUCAUGCAUGUCCGAUUCGUGUUUUUGCUGAGCCAUUAGAGCAUUCCAGUUUUUCACCACUUCUUGAAUUGGGUAUUGCUGCAAUUUCCAAGUUUCUUGCUGGUCUUUCUUAUGGUUGCAGCGAAAUAUCCAGACCGAGUCAGUAUGCCAGAAGAAAUAUUAACAGACAACUUUCUUUGUUUGGUCAUGGAUCUAAUCCUCCAGAAAUGCCAUUGGAGGGAGAGCUACAGAAGGCCUUUGGUCACGUUAUCUCAUUGUUCGUGGAACUAUCAGAUAUUACUCGUAGGAUGAGUGCGCUGAUGUGCAAUUUGCUCCAGCAGCUGGAUUUCAUAUAUUCUCUGCAAGACAUGAAUAGUCCACCAUGCAAAUCUUUUAAGAACAUCACACUUGUAACCUCUUUUACUUCCCUCGGUGAUGGUCUGGCGAUGGUUCUCAUUUUGGAUGAAGUAUUGGCAAACAUUGACCAUAGAAAGAACUAUUUAUCUCGUUUUUACAAGCAAGUUGCAGAGUUGAUAGGAUCUUGUGCUGCUCUUUUGCAACUGAGAACACCCAGUGAUGCGGAACAUGUACUGCAGCAAUUAUACGAGGCUCUGCCAAUAAGUCCCUACUCAGAAAAAUUGUUGGAAAGGAAGGGAGAGUCCUUAUUUGUGGCAAUAUCAAGAAAAGCUGCAUUGCGCGAGAUGAUUAGAAAUUAUGGGCGAGCAGUUAAGGAUCUUCCAAGGCUUAUUUCUGUCCUGGAAAAGCAAGCGCAUGAUAAAUACAAUCAGUCUAGGACUCUAGCCAGACCAGUUAGUUAGUCCUGUGAAUGAUCUAACAGAAGCUCGUCUGGAACUUCCCUCCAUAGAGGAAGAGGCCAAAAAGCAGUCCCCUUCGAUAUGUAUCUCAUCUCAGGAGUUGAAGCAUCUGCCACAGCUUCAGAUAUUAAGAAGGCCUAUCGGAAAGCAGCAGUUAAGCACCAUCUGGAAAGCAGCUUCAGAUAUUGGGCUGGGCAAUUCUUAGCAAGAAGUGAGAAUGGAGAUGAUGCACUCUAGAAAGAUAUUGCUGAAGAAGUCUACAAGGAUGCUGACAGGCUUGUUAAGAUGAUUGGCCGUACUUUCAGACCAUUCCAAGCGGUCACUUUACGAUCUAGAAGAGACUAGGAACUCCAGGAAGCAACGGAAGCAGCACAAUUUAAGAAUGCCUUCUUCUUCAACAGAUGUUCACAAUUACCCAUUUGAAAGAAGUGGCAGUAGUAGGAGACAGCGGCAGGAGGUGCGAAGAAAAUGAUCGUAUAAAUGUGAGAAGCUGAACAAGAAUGAGCAUUAGCGUAGUGUCCAAACGCCGUCAUUCCUUAUUAUACAGACAGCAACGACAGUAACAAGUGAAGUGCGCUGAACUGUAGAAGGUAUGCAGGUUGAGAGUGGGAGUCUCCUGACUCAGGUAUUACGAACCUGAUUUUGCUUGCGUCAUUCAAAUAAAACUUGCUUUGGUUAUGUGUAAUAAUCUCAAAUGAGAGAAAUAGCAACACUGUAUUGGUAAAUGAGGACUAAAGUUUACCCCGUGAGUCCUCAAAAAAAGUCAAAACCCCCAUUAUCCCAGCCAGUCCAAUUGCGAUGGAAUGAGAUUAGAGGUCCAUGAUCUCGGCAACUCAACUCUCAUUUGGUUGUCCUCUUGACUCCUUUUUUCCAGCAUAACUGUCCACCGUCCAGCUUAAGAUCCCAUUACAGUACUUUGUAACCUCAUUCCAGAUCCCAAGCAAUACACUUUGACAGUAAAAAAUAACGAGACUAGUGGGAUUUCCUCUUUUUUCUUUCUUCUCAUUUCUUUAUGUUCCUCGGCUUCAUCACUCAACUCCAUCCCCAUAACUAAAAAAAUCCGUAAUUCCACUUGCAGUCAUCAUUAAGUGAGUGGAAAGGAAAGUCUUUUCUUUCUUUCUUUCCAUCUUUCUGCUUCUGAGGUCCCAAUUGGUUGUUGGAAGAACUGGAACGUCGAGAAACCAAUCUCUUCUCAAAUGGGAUUUGUGAGGCGACCCAUUUGUUCUCUCUCUCUCUCUCUCUCUUGGAGAAGAGAUUCGUAAGGCUUAUCAUCUCAAAGCAAGGAAAAUUCAUCCUGAUAAAAAUCCAAAUGAUCCUCCAGCUGCCGAAUGAUUCCAGGUACUGGGAAAAGCUUAUCAGGUUUUGAGUGAUCCAGUGCGAAGACUUAUUAUUGGAAUGGAAAGUAUUUGUAUAUCUAGGGAAACAAUGCUAGAAUCUCCUGUGGCUGUCUUUGCCCUUCUUUUUGGAAGUGAACUCUUUGAGGAUUACGUUGGACAUGUAGCUGUGGCUUCAAUGGCAUCCUCUGACCUAGCUGGUGAAAAGGAUACUGCUGAAAAAGUUCAAGACAGAACGAAGGCAAUCGACAGUGUUGGAGGUUUUGAAAAAUUGGAAAAGCUGUCAAUCUUUCUGAUCAAGCCAAGGAACUUUGGGACAGGCUACCUGCUAGCAUCACUGGGAAUUUAUGGAAGGAACGCAAUGCUCGCACCUUUGUAGUGAAACAUAAACCAAGUGAAGCUAUCAUAUCUGAGAUAAAAAAAAUUGGACUAUUCAUCGGGUUUCCAUCCAUCCGUCCAUACAACAGGGUGUUGCGACUUGCGAUUCAUCCGUCCAUACAACUGGAGUCACAAGUUUUUUGAUCCUUGUUGAUUUUCCUGCAAUUUUCGCUUUUGUGUUUGUGGGUGGAUCUCUUGUUUAGACUCAGUGACUUCUCUUUCAAUAAUUGGAGAUCUGGGUUGUAUAUUCGUUUCUAUCAAUACAAUUUUACCAUUAUCGAGCAAAAA